CUCCAAAACAACCUUGAUAGCUUUUGGAGUUUCUUCCACGUCUUAAGAGAAGAACCUUCCAGCUCUGGAAAUCUUGAACGACAUCUACACGUCGACUCAGGAAACGUACCCUCGACACUAGAAUCUACCCGCAGUUACGCUUCGAGCGAUCACGAAUUACAAGCAGGCCUUCGCGAUAGCCCGCCCACACACAACAUGACAGGCAAGGGCAAGUCUCGCUGGGCAGACAGCGCAGAAGACGCCGCGCUCGAAGCCCAGUUGAAGAAGGAAAAGGAGGAGAAGAAGCGUUUAAAGGCCGAAAAGGCGCGCAAAGCCGAAGCCGAAAAGAAGAAGCGCGAAGCAGAAGCUGCGGCGGCGGCACAACGACAACAACAGCAACAACAACAAACCGGUGACGAUGACGACGCCAAUGGGCCCCCGGCCAAGCGACGAAGACUCUCUCCCGACCGCGACGCAGCAGCAGCAGCACCGACAGCGAGCAGUAAUGACAGCAGCAAACUACUACGCUUCGAAGGCGGCCGAUUCGGCAAGUGUCGCAGCGUCGAAAACUACGAUAAGCUUAACGACAUCGAGGAGGGCGCAUACGGCUGGGUGGCGCGGGCGCGCGAGAUUGAGACCGGCAAGGUUGUUGCGCUGAAGCGACUCAAGAUUGAUCCGAAGGAUCGUAGCGGCCUGCCCGUCACUGGCUUGCGGGAGAUUCAGAUCUUGAAGGACUGCAGUCACAGGAACAUUGUCAAGCUCAAGGAGGUGGUGGUAGGCGACGACACGAGCAAGAUUGAGAACAUCUUUAUCGUCCUCGAAUUUCUCGAACACGACCUCAAGUCCAUCCUCGAAGACAUGCCCGAGCCCUUCCUCGCCUCCGAAGUCAAGACCCUCCUCCUCCAACUCUGCUCCGGCAUCGCCUACCUGCACUCGCAUUAUAUUCUACACCGAGACCUCAAGACCUCCAAUUUAUUGCUUAACAACCGGGGCCAGCUCAAGAUUGCCGACUUUGGCAUGGCCCGCUACGUGCCCGACCCUCCACCACCCAAACUGACCCAGCUGGUCGUCACGCUAUGGUACCGCGCUCCGGAACUCCUCCUCGGCGCGGCCCGCUACGGGCCCGAAAUCGACAUGUGGUCCGUGGGCUGUAUCUUCGGCGAGCUUCUUACCCGCGAACCCUUACUGCAAGGCAAAAACGAAGUCGACGAGCUCACCAAAAUCUUUGAACUCUGCGGCUUGCCAACAGACGAGUCAUGGCCCGGUUUCCGCCGUCUACCCAACGCCCGCUCUUUACGCUUGCCCUCUUCUUCUUCUUCUUCUUCUUCUUCCUCUAAACCCCCUUCCACGGGGGGCCUAAUCCGCGCCAAAUUCCCGCUUCUAACCGCCGCCGGCGUCUCUUUGCUUGCCUCCCUCUUAUCGCUAAACCCCUCCCGUCGCCCGACAGCGUCGGAAAUGCUGGAGCACGAAUACUUUCGCCAGGAUCCGAAGCCGAAACAGGAGGCCAUGUUCCCUACUUUCCCCAGCAAAGCGGGUCAGGAAAAGAGAAGACGGAGAGAGACGCCGAAUGCGCCCCAGCGGGGCCAGAAGGUGCAGGAUUUAGGGCAGGUGGAUUUUAGUUCGCUGGGUGGGAUUUUCGGGAGUGGGAGGGAGAGGGAGGAGAGGGGUGGGGGGUUUAGUUUGAGAAUGGUUUAGGGCUGGGGUAUGGGACAAGGCUUGGUUUUGUGUUGUGGAAGGAUUGGACGUAAUGGGUUGCGAGCGUGUUUGUUUCUUGUCCGUCUCUGGUGGACCUGAGUGUUUUGAGGGUUGAUGGGCGUUGCAGCGUUUAGGGAAAUUAUUAGUUCCAUCAAUGUAUAAUGUGAGACGACGGACAAGUCAUCGGACAACAUUAGACGAGCCAGGUACAGAUGUGUCUAGACUGAUUGGGACGGCGGCAGCAUUUGUGUUUCCGUAUGCUACAACCUGCGAUCUGUAUGUAUUCUAUCCAGUUGGGCGGAAGAAAGUAGAGACCCGGAUGCUGGCGUAUAGUUACAGCCGCACGAUACUAUAUUCGAG